UGCCACGUCGAGUGAGACAGUCGGUACGGUUGUGAAGUGGCAUUUUCGGCAUUUUGUUAAGUUUCGUCUUCUGAGUAGAAGAUAGUUAGUAAUACGGACUGGUAGUUAAGUAUUUCAAGAUGAGAUUUUUGAUAUCAAUUUGUGCGAUAGCCCUUUUGGGUUCCGCUAUCGGAGACGAAAUACCAACAGAAGAUAAUGUACUUGUGCUGACCAAACCGCUCUUCGAUGAUGUUAUUUCAAAAACAGAGUACAUUUUAGUUGAAUUCUAUGCACCUUGGUGUGGACACUGCAAAUCGCUCGCUCCAGAAUAUGCAAAAGCUGCUACUAAAUUGGCAGAGGAGGAUUCGCCUAUUAAGCUCGCUAAAGUCGACGCUACUCAGGAACAGGAUCUGGCUGAGCAAUACAAAGUUCGCGGAUACCCCACACUCAUUUUCUUCAAGAACGGCAACCCUAUUGAAUACUCAGGUGGUCGUCAAGCUGAUGACAUUAUUGCAUGGAUAAAGAAGAAGACUGGACCACCAGCUGUGAAUGUUGCAUCAUCAGAACAAGCUAAGGAGCUCAUUGCCGCAAACAAUGUCAUCAUCUUUGGUUUCUUCCCAGACCAAACCACCCAAAAAGCUGUUGCCUUCCUAAACACAGCUGGUUUGGUAGAUGACCAAGUAUUUGCUAUUGUAACUGAUGAGAAACUUAUUGAAGAAUUGGAAGCCAAGUCUGAAGAUGUUGUGUUAUACAAGAAUUUCGAAGACCCAAGUGUCAAGUUUGAAGGCGAAGACUUGAAUGAAGACAUCUUGAAAAACUGGGUGUUUGUACAGAGCAUGCCUACUGUUGUUGAAUUCUCUCAUGAGACAGCUUCCAAGAUCUUUGGUGGACAAAUCAAGUACCACCUUCUUGUGUUCUUGUCCAAGAAAAACGGUGACUUCGAAAAGUACUUAGAUGGUCUCAAGCCUGUCGCUAAGACCUACCGCGAGAAGAUCAUGACCGUUGCCAUCGACACUGAUGAGGAUGACCAUCAAAGAAUCUUGGAGUUCUUCGGCAUGAAGAAGGAAGAAGUCCCUGCCGCUCGUCUUAUUGCCCUGGAACAAGACAUGGCCAAAUACAAACCUGCAUCCAACGAACUCACUGCUAACGCUAUUGAGGAAUUCAUCCAAUCCUUCUUCGCUGGUACCUUGAAGCAACACCUUCUCAGCGAGGACGUGCCCGAAGACUGGUCCGCCCAACCCGUGAAGGUUCUGGUCGCUAAAAACUUUGAUGAAGUUGUCUUUGACACCAACAAGAAGGUUCUUGUUGAAUUCUACGCGCCUUGGUGUGGACACUGCAAGCAACUGGUCCCAAUCUAUGACCAGCUCGGUGAACACUUUGAGAAGGAUGAUGACGUAGUCAUCGCCAAGAUCGAUGCCACCGCCAACGAGUUGGAGCACACUAAGAUCACCUCAUUCCCAACCAUCAAACUCUACUCUAAGGACAACCAGGUCAAGGACUACAACGGUGAAAGAACGCUGGCCGCGCUCACCAAGUUUGUUGAAACUGACGGAGAAGCUUCAGAGCCAGUACCUUCUGUGUCGGAAGAAGAUGAGGAAGAUGCAGCGCCCCGGGACGAGUUAUAAGCAAAGCGGCCAAUCUCUCUGAGACUUCCAUAGAUAUAGUACUGUAUAGAUGUAAUUCUAAACUUACACUUAACCUGUGCAUUUUAUAAGCUAGACUGUUAAUUUUUGUACUGAGUUUAGGUUGUUCUUCCAUUUUCGUUGUUUAUGGACUUUUAUAACAGAUUAAAAAUAUUUCUCUAUGGUUACACUUAUAAAGAUCAUCUAUUGCCAUAUUGUAUGGUCUAUGAUAUUUUUCAUUAAUACUCUGUCUUCGUGUCCUAAAUAUUUAGGGUUAUGGCAGUAAUUUAUUAAUAAUUUAUUUCAUAAUCAGCAGCAAAUAGAUUAUGUAUGUGUGUAUAUUUAUAAUUUCUGUAUCAUAAUGUUGUUUUACGUUCCUUAGUACAAAGUUGUGUUACAUCGAACAAGAGCGGCUUUUUAGCUUAAAUCUCAUUUUAUGCGUAGUUAGUUUUCAUCACAAUAAUUGGUCGGUUAAGUGACACAUUUGUUUAUGAAAUUGUUUAAGAUGUUAUAAUGAAGGUGCUUCGAAAAGAUCAAAUAUUUUCUCACGUUUGGUUAUAAAAUGUAAAUAUUGUUUUGAUUAAAAUCCGCGUCUGUUUAUUGUGGAUACAGAAAUUGAUAAAUAAAAAUUUAUUAAAAUAUUAAA